AUGGCGUCGCAGCGGAUGAACGGACAAGGCGCGAAAUUCGGACGAUUUGUCUCGAUCGGACGCGUCGGGGAGCCGAAACCGGCGCAAUUGCCGAGCGAACGGCGCGAAGGCGGCGACGAGGACCGAAGCGCGAGACCGACGCCGGGACGGGACGAAGGACGGUGGCGAGACGAGAAUGAAUCGAUCGAUCCGCGGCGUCGGGAAUCGGGAGACGGAGGCGCGCGACGAUAUGACGAUGGGUACGGGCGAGAGCGAGGGUACGGCGAUCGGGAUCGAGGGUUCGGGUCGGCGUCGUUCGACGGCGGCGCGAGGCGGAGUCGGGACGACGACGGCGGUUACGGAGGGAGUUGGAGGUCGGCGGAUCGGCGGAUGAGCGGGGAACGCGCUGGAAGGGAUUAUGGAAGCGGUGGUUGGCAAGACAGGGAUGAUCACCGCGGAUUCGGGAGACAGGCGCGGGAGAGUCCCGAUCGCGAAAAGAGUUGGCGGCGGCGAGAAGAACCGGCGACGGCGACGGCGACGAGACCGGUUGCGACGGCGCCCGUCGUUCGAAGGAGCCUGGACGUGAAUCAUAACGCGGAGGGUGCUUUAGAUAAGCUACACAUUCCGCACGGCGCGCACGAAUGGGGACAAGAAGACGACGAUUUUGACGAUUUGGCGCCUCCAGCUUGGUUGCUGCAGGACGAACGCGGCGCAAGCGGAGGCGACGACAGGCGAGCGCAACAUCGCGUGCCUGAGCCGCGUCAGAGCUCCAGAUCGCCACCUACGUCUCGUGUGAAAGCGCUCGUGAGGCCAAAGGGAGAUGGUGGGCACUUCAACAGCGCGAAACUUCCGGACCAUUUGAAAAAUUUGAAGCGCGAACCCGGCGAAGAGAAGAAGCUGUGGACGCCUCCGGAACCGGUCGGAGGCGCGGUUAAAAAGCGUCCAGAAAAGGUACACAGUACGCCUCCUAAGGCUGUACCUAAAGUCACGCCUAGGAGCGUACCAGAACCUAAGACUCGCAGAAGCAUGGACAUCAGUCCCGUAUCGCGAACGCCGCCUCAACCGCGCAAAUCGAGCGCGUCCAAAAGGCAGCCUUCGCCUUCGGCGCCGCAUUUACCGCCGCCUCAUCCUUUACAACAAACACCACCACCGGCUCCACCUGGGGCUCCCCCACCGGGCGCUUCUAGAGCGCCGCCUCCGGUUCCUCCCGGCGUGCCGCCGCCGGCGACCCGGGCGCCCCCGUUGCCGCCGACUCCGCCGCCCCCGUUGCCGCCAGGCGCGCCGCCGGCGAGGCCUCCACUGCCGGCCGGUCCGCCACCAGCGAUGCCACCGCUUGAUGCGGCUUUGAAAGCCAAGUUAGCUGUCUCUGAAAAGUCUGCGCCCGCUAAAGCGGCGAAGAAAAAGAAAAAGAAGAGCAACAUCUCCAGAACCGCGUCGUCGUCAGAGAAUUUAGAGGACGCCGCGGAGAACAAGACACCGCCGCCGAAAGCGAAGAUUGUCAAGGGUAAGUCGAAGGGCAAGAAUUCAAAAAGUUCUUCGCACGACAAUCUCGCCGCUGCGGCGAAGAAAGAUGGCGGUUCUCCACCGAAACCGAACCUUUUACCAAAGGCAAAGGACAGCCCGGUGGGGAACGCGUCAAGAGCGGAGUCAAAAAUCAGCAUCUGAUGCCGUC